GCCUUCAUGGAGUAUAUGUUCUGAUAUUUUUGUCACAAACCGAAAUGAAUGUGACUUGCCCAGAAGAACCAAACAGAAUGAGUUCAGCUGCAGUGGGAGCCGCCAAGAGCCAGAUGUGGCCAUGGGAGGAAUAUCUUUGAGAGCCUGUCAUCUGGCUCCAGCUGUGUUAACCUAGGCCUGGUAGGCAGCCACGAGUUGUGUCUGCCAACUGGUGGCCAGACACUAGUGCAGGCUUAAACAAUUAGCAGAAUUCCUCAUCCGGUGGCUGGAUUCGCUGUGUGUGUCCUACAGACGAUCGCUGCUGUCCAAACCAGGGGACUCUGUGGGCAGAAACGCCCCGAAGAGAACCAGAAGUUCGCCCCUUGAAAAACCAGUCAAAGCCUUUGCAUCCCGGAACAUGGAGAGGGAUGCAGGAAUAGGGGAAGGCCAGCGUCAGUAAGAAAGCAAAAGUAAACCAGACGUGGCCCUCCACCUGGCAGAUCUGAAUUCUGCCUCAGAACUCGUGCCUGAUACAGACUGUCAGCCUCUACCAUGCCCCUGCAGAAAAGCAACGAGUAGAGUUUGCCUGUGAAGAAAUACUUCUUCAGUUAUUAUUUUUUACAUUGUUGCCCCUUGGUGAGAAGCAUUUAAGAUGCUUUAUUGGUUUUACCCAAACAGAGAUUUCCAAGGAAAGUAUUCAUUCCCACCUUUUGGAAACAACUGGGUCCCCACAAACAGGCCAUAACUUUCAAAGAUCUAUUAUAUCUGCCUUCAAAAAUAAGUGUAUAAGUAAAUAAAAUGCUUCAGCCUGCCUGCCUGUGGAAGAUUUUUUAUAAACUGUAGAGUUGCUGGUUUAAUGGACCAGGCAGGUCCUGCUAGCACACGGGAAAAUAAUAGAUUUUGAUCGUCCAUUGUCCAGCAUGUUUCUAAUAUCACAGUAGUUGCUCAGUAAAUGUUUGUAGACUGAGCUGAAUAAGGAAAAAUUCCAGUGAACAUGCUGACUGGCGAGAAUGGUAAUUAAAAAUUAGUGCAGUUAUGUCACAUCAUAAGUGGGGUAAAAUAACCCACCAUUUAGUGUCCCCCCGCCACAAAAGUAAGAGUUCUAAUUGGAAUAAAAUUAGGAUUUUUUUUUAAAUAUGUCCACAUCUGAAGAGUGGUUAUAACAGAAAGCACAAGAUGGUAGAGAUGAAGGCUUUCGGGGAGACUUCUCUUGAGGCUGAACAGAUAUGCCCAUGUGAGAACAUCUUUAUCGUGGUGAGGUUCUUGGUGGUUUUUCAAAGAAGUCCCACUCGGAACAGAUAACAACAACAACAAAAUCAUUGAAGUGGGGGAAAUUCAAAAGAUGCUAGUUUAUGUGUCAAAAUCAACUUUUGCAUUCUAACUGCAUUGUGUAAAUGUGCUGUGCAGGAAACAUAAGUGAAGCCAUUUGGUUUUGUGGCAUUGGUGUGGGUUGGCUCAGGGGGCGGGGAUAAGGUCGAGGCAUUGCUAUAGUAUGAGGAGAGCCAGAUGGUUGUAUUACACAUCUUUUGUGUUCUUGUUUGCUUCUUAAAGCAGUUGCAGAAUUUUGCCCUUGGCGAUAUUUUCUUCGUGCCUGUGUGUUCUGCUAUGAAUUUACUUUUGUCAGAGUACUUUGAAAGAAAAGCCUUGCUCAGAAAAAAAAAAAAAAAAUUUAACUUAACGUUAUAAACUCGUGAAGUCAACAGUUUGUUCAUAAAAAUAUUUUUUAAAUGUUAAUUAUGUUAGUAAAUAGUUGGGAGAAUCAGCUUUUCUUUUUUCUUAGCGCAGUGAUGUCGACCAUAUUUUAUGUCAAUUCAGGGAAAGAAUUUUUGCAAAAUUAUGAAUGUGCAGUUGGUGGUGGAUGGAUGGAUGGAGAUGGAUGGACAAGUAGACAGAUAAAUGGAACAGAUACAUUGUUAUUCCAGUAGGGAUGAGGCCUAUCUGAUUAGAGAUUUAACUUUUUCCAUUACUUACAGCAAGUCCUCAGGUUGUGGUUAACCUCCUGUGUGUUAUCAGCAAGCCUAACUUGGUAAGUUGAAUGAGAGUGGGUUAGGGUAGGUUGGGGAGCUUUGGUUGACAUUUGUGAAAAUUGCUGUUACACCACCAUUGAAAUUUGUAUUUAUUCCCUACUAAAAGGAAAUUCUCUUUUGCAGUCACCAGUGGGAAGGGAUAUUUAAGAUGUUCUAAUGCAUGUAAGGGGUGAUAUUUUAUCACCAAAUGAUUUUAAUAGAGAAUUGCUUUGGAGCUGUUCCCCCCCACACCCACCCCCACCACACACACACAUUGUGGUAGAAUGCUUCAGAAUAAUUUAAUGUCCUUUUCACAGUUACAGUUUUUUUUUUUUUCCUUUGCUCAGAUCAGAGAAGAGCAAAUAUGUAGGAUUGUUGGGCAACGGUUUAUUCUCCUGUUGUGCACAGAUUUCCAGUUUGAGUUGGAACCUGCAGUCCCUGAUGAGAAAAUAGGAAACUUACAGUCCUAACCUUAUUGAAAUCUCUGCCGGGUUUAGUCACAAGUCUGAGGCGACUCCUUCCAAUAAUGAAGCCAUUGUACGCAUCAUAUCUGAUCAGUUCUUGAAAUGUUUUAGUAAGUCUAUCUUACAACAUUAUAAGAAGAUAAUCAGCAGCCUUAGAAGGUCCCCAUCUGGACUGUAGAGUUCUUUUACUGAAAGAUGUUUUGCCUUUUUGAGAUAGCUCUCGCGUUUCAUCAUCUGUUCCGCCGAGAUGAAGUGCAUAUGAAAAGUCAGUGACUCUGAAUCCAUCUGUUGUUAUUAUUUUCCACUGAUAAUUGGCUUGAACAAUGAAAUGUCUGUGUCUGCAGCCUUUGAAACUGUACACCCUGUUUAUUUUCUGGAGGUCUCACUGCAACUAUGCCCCCCCCAUCUUUCCCCCUGCGUUUUCUCUCAAGCUUACAGCAAGUGGCGCUUGUGUGAGGAUGACAUCUUUGACUCUGUGCAUCAGUAUGUGUCACUCAGCAUCUAAAGCUUGCAUACGGAUUUUUGUCACAAUCCCUGUGUCUGUGCCGUUUGCUCCUGAAUCCGGCGCUCUCUCAGCGAGGAGCUUAGCUAGGCCACGAUGCAUGGAUCCAUUACCUGGAUUGCUGUCUUUAUUUCACUGCCCUCAUUAAACUAUUAAUUUAGAGUACAGUAUCUAACACCUAUGGAAUUAGAUACUACCUAUAAUUGUAUAAUAUAUUCAGUUGCAUCCAGGUUUGCGCGAUACAGGGCAUUAAUAUUGGAUUCCACUAACAUCACUUCCAUUAGCUUACUCAACCAGUAUGAGAUAUGGAUGAGCUGGGAAGCAUAACUACCCUCAAAACUGCCAAAACAGUCAUUAGAAGCUCCAUGGGGAUGGACAGAGGCUUUCUCACCGUGAUAUACUGAUUAAGUUUUGUUCUAUGGUUUAUUUGCAGCAAGGUUAGAUCACUAUCGUCUGUGGACGCGGGUUAUCUAACACCUUAUUUGGAAGGUCGUUUCAAGGCAAAAGAGUGAACAAAAUCAGCAUCUUUUCCGUUUCUGUGCGCACCCCUCUUAGAGAACCUGUGUUUUAUUCUCUGGGUCUUUGGGUAUCCUUUUAAUUUUGUUUGUCUUUUCUCCCUGUUAUGCCAUAAUAUAUGUUUAAAAUGAGUUCAGUGUUUGUUUCUAAAAAUAUUUUAAAACUUUUCAGUGAUGAUCUUCGCCUUUUACAGCAGAAUGAUUUGGCCAGAAAACAGUUUUGUAUUAAUAAAUUAAAACUGCUUUUGAAAUAGAAAACUGCCCUUUUUCCCUUGGCUAGGAUAAAUCACAGCAUUCUGGACGGCUGUGAAGGAUCUGUGAUAUAUCCUUUUUAGUCCAAAUACAGUAAUAAUAUAGACACAUCCUAUAGCACAGCCGUGCUGGAUUUGGCCCCAGAGUAUUGUAUGGCAUAAGUAAGUAGUAGACGAACAUAAUCUUAUUUAUGUUUCAAUCGAAAUCAUUUAAUACUGCAAAAGUUAUUAAAAAAUAAUUAAGUUACUAAGACCAACAUGUGGCUGGAACAGAGAAUAAGAGGUCAGUGUGAGUUGAUUCCAUAAGCUAAGAAAAGGCAGUAGUGAAUUCCUAGCACUGAUAAUGUUUUUUCUCUUGCUUAAAUUCCUGGGUUGUAAGGACAAAUUAUGUUGAGGUAUGGCAUAUUUUCUGCCGAAAUGGAGAAAAUUGUUGACUGUAAUUAUGUUAUUUAAUUGAAAUUAUAAGUGGUUGAGGCCACUCAGUUAAAAGCAUUCCUUCUAAUAUAGGGGUAAUGUUUUUAAAUGAGUGGUCAUGGAUUGGUGACAUUUGAAAAGCAGGCAUUUGGGAUAUAGUUUUGGAAAACUCAAAUUAUUUUCCUUAAAUGAUUAGUGAAUUAGAGAGUAUAGUUAAGUAGCAUUUUUUUUUUGGCUUAUUCUCUUUAAUUAGAUAUGCAUGAAUGUAUUAUGUGUGAGUAUAUAUGCACAUAUAUAUGUAUAUAUUUUUAUAUGUACACUUUAUGUACAUAUAUAAAACAGAUCUUUCUGUAGGUACAGAGUCACAAGAAUCAACUUAUAAUGUGACAAAGCAGAGAAACAAGAUGUAUAUCUCUGACCUUAAAUUGCGACUAAACAACCUGAUUGUUUAAAACUCUCAUUGAAGGUUAGAGAUUGCAGUGGAACCCACAGUAGAACUCCAGGGAUGGGUAUACCACAAGUUUUUUUUGGAAUAGCUGGAGAUACAACAAUAGCACUACCCCCUUCCACGAGUGAGUUCUUAAUUACUAAUGAAUGCAAUUCAUUUUAAUUGUUAUUAUAGCAACAUAACAUUUAACUGUCUCCUGUUUAGUGGUGUCCCCUGGAACAGGCAGUGUCUCCUGUCAGAGCUAGGACAGGUAGAAGGCACAGCGGGCGUCUGAUUGAGCCAGUUAUUCAUUUGCUGAGUGUUUGUGUUUAUGCAAAGGGGCCUCUUCCUGCAUAUUUAAUCUAGAGUAAGGCAGUGGCUUUUGUUGUGUUUAGCCCACAUACCUUCAGUCCUUCCUCACACUGCCGCCAGCCCGGGAGCCCUGAGAGCCAGCAGGCUUCCAAGCGCCUGUAGUUUCUCCCUUACAAACUCUCAACUUUCUUCCGUUGUGUGAAAAUUGCCUCUCCCGCCCCAAAGCUUUGCCUCCUCACCAUGAACGGGGUAAGACGUGACCUUUUGAGGUGACUAUAACUGAAGAUUGCUUUACAGAAGCCAAAAAAAGGUUUUUGAGUCAUGAUGCAAGAAUCUGGGACUGAGACAAAAAGUAACGGUUCAGCCAUCCAGAAUGGGUCCGGCGGCAGCAACCACUUAUUAGAGUGCGGCGGUCUUCGGGAGGGGCGGUCCAACGGAGAGACGCCGGCCGUGGACAUCGGGGCAGCCGACCUCGCCCACGCGCAGCAGCAGCAGCAACAGGCACUUCAGGUGGCAAGACAACUCCUUCUUCAGCAGCAACAGCAGCAGCAAGUUAGUGGAUUAAAAUCUCCCAAGAGGAAUGACAAACAACCAGCUCUUCAGGUUCCCGUGUCAGUGGCUAUGAUGACACCUCAAGUUAUCACUCCCCAGCAAAUGCAGCAGAUCCUCCAACAACAAGUGCUGAGCCCUCAGCAGCUCCAGGUUCUCCUCCAGCAGCAGCAGGCCCUCAUGCUUCAACAGCAGCAGCUUCAAGAGUUUUAUAAAAAACAACAGGAACAGUUGCAGCUUCAACUUUUACAACAACAACAUGCUGGAAAACAGCCUAAAGAGCAACAGCAGGUGGCUACCCAGCAGUUGGCUUUUCAGCAGCAGCUUUUACAGAUGCAGCAGUUACAGCAGCAGCACCUCCUGUCUUUGCAGCGCCAAGGCCUUCUGACAAUUCAGCCCGGGCAGCCUGCCCUUCCCCUUCAACCUCUUGCUCAAGGCAUGAUUCCAACAGAACUGCAGCAGCUCUGGAAAGAAGUAACGAGUGCUCAUACUGCAGAAGAAACCACAGGCAACAAUCACAGCAGUUUGGAUCUGACCACGACAUGUGUGUCCUCCUCUGCACCUUCCAAGACCUCUUUAAUAAUGAACCCACAUGCCUCUACCAACGGACAGCUCUCAGUCCACACUCCCAAAAGGGAAAGUUUGUCCCAUGAGGAGCACCCCCAUAGCCAUCCUCUCUAUGGACAUGGUGUGUGCAAGUGGCCAGGCUGUGAAGCAGUGUGCGAAGAUUUCCAAUCAUUUCUAAAACAUCUCAACAGUGAGCAUGCGCUGGACGAUAGAAGUACAGCCCAAUGUAGAGUACAAAUGCAGGUUGUACAGCAGUUAGAGCUACAGCUUGCAAAAGACAAAGAGCGCCUGCAAGCCAUGAUGACCCACCUGCAUGUGAAGUCUACAGAACCCAAAGCCGCCCCUCAGCCCCUGAAUCUGGUAUCAAGUGUCACUCUCUCCAAGUCCGCAUCAGAGGCUUCUCCACAGAGCUUACCUCAUACUCCAACGACCCCAACUGCCCCGCUGACUCCCGUCACCCAAGGCCCCUCUGUCAUCACCACCACCAGCAUGCACACGGUGGGACCCAUCCGCAGGCGGUACUCAGACAAAUAUAAUGUGCCCAUUUCUUCAGCAGAUAUUGCGCAGAACCAAGAAUUUUAUAAGAACGCAGAAGUUAGACCACCAUUUACAUAUGCAUCUUUAAUUAGGCAGGCCAUUCUCGAAUCUCCAGAAAAGCAGCUAACACUAAAUGAAAUCUAUAACUGGUUCACACGAAUGUUUGCUUACUUCCGACGCAACGCGGCCACGUGGAAGAAUGCAGUGCGUCAUAAUCUUAGUCUUCACAAGUGUUUUGUGCGAGUAGAAAACGUUAAAGGGGCAGUAUGGACAGUGGAUGAAGUAGAAUUCCAAAAACGAAGGCCACAAAAGAUCAGUGGUAACCCUUCCCUUAUUAAAAACAUGCAGAGCAGCCACGCCUACUGCACACCUCUCAAUGCAGCUUUACAGGCUUCAAUGGCUGAGAAUAGUAUACCUCUAUACACUACCGCUUCCAUGGGAAAUCCCACUCUGGGCAACUUAGCCAGCGCAAUACGGGAAGAGCUGAACGGGGCAAUGGAGCAUACCAACAGCAACGAGAGUGACAGCAGUCCAGGCAGAUCUCCUAUGCAAGCCGUGCAUCCUGUACACGUCAAAGAAGAGCCACUCGACCCAGAGGAAGCUGAAGGGCCUCUGUCCUUAGUGACAACAGCCAACCACAGUCCAGAUUUUGACCAUGACAGAGAUUACGAAGACGAACCAGUAAAUGAGGACAUGGAGUGAAUAUCGGGGUGGGCCAACCCUGAGAAUGAAGAUUGGGAAAAGGAAAAAAAAAAACAACAACACACACACACGUCAAAAGUUAGCAGUGAAAUUGUUCUCCAUUUGUUGUACAGUCUGGAGGAUUUUCACUACAUUUUGACAACUCUGAAAUGUGUUAACUCUUAGUGCCAUCAAGAACCCCAUUUGGGAGUAUUUUUGAUUUUUCUACUUUUUGUUGAAAAAAGGAAUUUGUACUCUGUGCAUUGGAUGGACUUGUUUGGUACUUGGGAUUUUCCUCUCUUAACCGUCAACAUCAGUGUUGUAAAUUUGCUAAACUGAUUCACUUUUAGCAGCAGACUUUGAACUGCAGUCCUGCCAACGUUGGACACUGAGGACGCCCGACGGAGCUUGUGCACCUAAGCUGCAGACCAAGCCUUUGCCCAGAAUUUAAGGAUUCCAAUGGACGACCUAUUUGCACAGUACUGCAUGUUGAUUAUCACUGCCUUUACUCCAUUUCUUUUUUUUUUUUUUUUUUUUUUUUUUUGCUUCCAGUUGGGAUGGGGAAGGCCUUUGUGUGUGUAUUGGGGGGAGGGGUUAAAAAAUAAUUAUCCCAAACUUUUUAAUGUAUUGCUUUUUUUUUUUUUUUCUUCUACUAUACCAUUUUAAGUUCUGACCUCAGGCCUCCAUUUGGGCCGAUGGCCUCUUGGAGGCUUAAAGUUUUCUGUACCUUGUGAUGAAUGUUAAUAGGUGUUUUUAUUAUACAAAGCUGAAUGUCAUUUCUUGUUUGUAGCUUUCUGUCACUCAUUCCAUCUUCCUUCAGACAUCACCGUUUCUCUAAAAGUCAGAAAACAUUCCGUUUUGGUCUUUUUCAAAAAGGUCCCAAAUGCUGCACUCUACACAUGAAGGCCCUCUCACACAGACGUGACGUCCUGCCAGAAAGAGAAUGAAUGACAGAAAAAAAGAGACAGACAAACUCUAGGAACAAUGCUGAUUCCUUCCACGCAGCAGUAUUGGGGGUGGUUGGGGGGAGGGAUGUUUCGGAUUUUCCUUUUUUUUCCUUUUUGCAGCAACCAUCAUUCUUAAUAAAUGCCACCACAUUCUACCAGCACAAGGAAACAUAGGUAGCACCGAAAAAAAAAAAAAGCUCAUACUAAUUAGACUGAUGGUAUGGCCGUGGAAGGCUCUCCCUCGUGGAACCCAUUUGUCAUGGGCCGUCGGAGCUCUGUGAUAAUGAGUGUGGGUUGGUUUUGUUUGCAAAUUGGCCAAAAACCUGGUCCUGGUGGCGGCAGCGCCGAGUUUAUACAUUAGUUCAGACCUGCUUGGUGGCAUUAAACUGUUCGCAUGCAAAAUCCAUUUCAGAUUGAACUUCUUAAGAGAGUUAAUGAGGACUGAGUUCAGCAAAUGCUAAAGUGUUCAUUUCAAAUAUGCAAAUUUGGUACUGCAGUUUGUUAUGCAAUAUUAUAUCGCCAACCCAGUAUCAGAAACUCAUAGAAGGUAUCAUGUAGGUCCUGGGCUUUGGGAGUUCCCACACAUGGUAUGCAGAAUGUGAUGGUUAUAGGUCAGUACAACCUCAGUCCUUAGAACCCCUCUACACUUCCACUCUGCACCCACUUUUCCUGUCAUUUAUUUAUCUAGGACUGUAGCUUUUUUUUUAGUUCGAGAGCCUUUCAAAGCUUAAUUUAUAUUCUUUGUACCUUUUUUUUCUAAAAUUACCAAAGAUAUUACACAAAGGUAAAUUAUGUUCUCUAUUUUAUGCUUUAUCUGAUGAAGCCAAAUAUCCUCUUAUUGUUGAUCAAAGGAGGCAAAAGAAUUUAGAGGCAAAUGACAAGCGAUAGGCUAUUGCAACCUGAGAAAGAGAACUGCUCCUUCAUCAUAGAGUAAAUUUAGAAGACCAAGUAGAAAUGGAACCAAAGUUGUUACUUUUUACUAGUAGUUAUUUUUCUUUUUUCUUUUUGUGUACCUCUACAGAGACCAAAACUCAUUUCUCUUAAAGAGAUUUUAUGGGGCUACUGCAGAUAAAAAUAGGACACAAUAUUAAAGGAGCUACAGAAGGAAGGGAGUCCCAUCUCAGAAAAAAUGAAUGUAUGCCACUGCAAUUAGAGUAUCCAAUAAAGGAGACAGUUUAGAGUCAGAACAGAAAAGCUUCCAUAAGUGAACUAGAUCACAUAAUAGCAUUUCUAGAAAAAAAAGAUAUUUUUAGAUUGUAUGCCACUUUUGUUUAAGAACUGUGCUGUGAUCACUAUAUUAAUUUUGGUUAAUCUUGGCGUAUAUCCUUCAGUUUGUUUUUAUUUUUAAUUUUUCCUUCCUUCCUUUUCCAAUUAGGCUUUGGUCAGCAUUUUUCAUUUAAAGAAAAGUAACACUCCCAUCCACUCAUAAGCUUGGUACAAAAACUUCUCUGGCAGUUACUUUUGAAGCUUCACUCUGCUUUCUGUAUAAAGGGCAGUCUGUGGUCACGCAAGACUUUAAAAAAAAAAAAAAAAAAAAAAAAAAAAAAAACUUUUCCAGGCAGCUUCAUGAUGUGCAGGCAAUAGCCAGACAGGGUCAUGGGAAGGGGGCCCUGUGCUUCUAAACUGAGUGGUUGCUGGUUAGUUUGGUAUUCAAAAGAGGAUAAAAAUCUGGUAGAUUAGUUCAUUCUCAGCAUGUGUAGCUAGACAUGAGUAAAGAUAACAGCAUGAGAAACUGUUAGUACGCAUACCUCAGUUCAAACCUUUAGGGAAUGAUUAAAAUUAAAAAAAAAUACAUUUCACUCAGUUGCACUUAGUUGUAUGUCUUGCAUGCUUAGUCUAAAGACUGUAGCAAAAAAAAAAAAAAAAAAAAGAAUUAGAUUUUACAUAUCUUUGCAGGUAUCACAGCCUUGCAGAAGAACCAACUGAAAAAAAAAAAUAUUCUCAGGCUUUACAGCAAGCAAACUUCACUAUGAUUUUUACAGUUCUGAUUCUGUAUCCCCUGGGGGUUAUCCCAGUUGCUUCUUUAGGAUGGGGUUUAUUAUGUUGUACAUAUAUCCCGAUGUGUCUGUGUGAAUCUUUGUCUUUUUUGGGGGAGGGCGGAGGGCGGUUCUUUUUUUAGAUAUUGUUCCUAAAAAGGAAUAAAUGCAUACACCUGUUUGUCAAAACACCUUUGCUUUUUGUGCAACUGCUUUAUAUUAACGAUACUAAAAAAAAAUAGCUUUGGAAAAAAAAACUACUGUAUGUAAUGGAAUUGCAGAAUAUGCUGCACAUGUAUUUUAUUUAGUUAUCCUUGCUUUAAGAUUUUGGAUGACAUUUCCUGACAUGUGGGAGGGAGAAACUCCCUUUUUUUUCUGCUUUUAAAUUGUAACAUAGUUGAAGAUUUUUUUUUUUCCUGUUCUCAUUGAUUGGAGCAUUUUGUACAGGUUUUUUUGUGUGCGUGCGUGCGUGUGUGCGUGUUAAUCUGUUUUUUGAUACGUUCCUGUCCCUUCUGUUUAUCCUACCACUGCCUUCCUGGCUAUCUUAAACAAGUUCAUACAUUUGAAAAGAAAAAAAAAUAUGUUGUUUAAAAACUGUUUUCUCCUGCUGCAGUAAAUAUUUUGCAUGAUGAAAUUCCAGGGUCACACUUUCAAAGUUUAUCAGUGAAGUAGUGAUUAACAAUGGGGAGUGAACUUUUGUAUUAAAAAAAAAAAACUUUACAAGGUGCCAAGAUGUAAAGAAAAUCUAUAACUUUUUUUUCCUCAAAGAAAAGCGUACAUUAGGGAGGUAGUCCUGUGUGUCAGACAAAUGCACUGUCAGGAAUGAGGGUCGAACCAACCUGUCCUAGAGUCUGUCUUGUAAGAUGAGUUAGGCUGCCACCUUGGACCAGCAGCAAAAUGGAUUAUCAAGGCUUAUGUACAUACAUGAAGAGUUACCGCCAUUCCUGCCACCUUUGGACAGCUCAAACAGCAUCCCCAGAAUCCCGUCAGACCUAGAAAAGAAAACUUUGGAUUCUUAACCCAAGAUAUGCUCUAAAUCAUUAGCUUUUUUUUUCCACUCACACACAGAAAAAGAGUUAAAAAAAUAUUUCCUCUCUUUCCACAUUCCAGCUGAGCUCUGUUUCCAAAGGCACAAAGAAGAGUGUGCUUAUUUGGAUUUUGAAUCUUUUGGUACCCUUUGGGUAAUGACGUAGCCUUCUGAGAUUUUGGAUGUGUUCAAAGUCAGUUUUGCUUUUUCAUCCUGAGAAUCAGAUUUACAAUGCUGAAGGCAUUUGUUGGGCCUAGUGUAGCUCAUGCAAUCUCUGCUACCCAUAAGCCUUGAUGAAGAUGAUAGAGUCCGGACUGUGAGCAUGGUGCUUCGUGUAUAUGUGCUGCCAGUAACAAGAAUUUUUUUGCUUUGUUUUGUUUUGAUAAGGCAUAAAAGAAACUCAUUCCUUGACAUCAACUGUAAUUCCAUCAUUCCAUGUCUGCGGAUACAGACAAUAAAAAAAAUGUUGUGUAGUCAGUACUAAUUACUGACAUUAUAGCAUUCUCAAAUGCAAUAAAAAUGCUGGUUGUUGACACUGGUA